GAUGACAUUAGCAAUGCAUAUGACAAGGAAAAAAACGAGGAAGCUGGACUGGAUUUAGGAGAGACUGGAAAAAGUGGUACCAGCAACGGUAACAUCAAGGUUGGAAGUGAAGCUCUUCCUUUCGGCGACUUUGCUCUUGAGUGCCUAGGACUUCUGGCAAAUCUGAAUCUGCGUGCUAUUGACUUCUCGCGCGUACUCACUAAACUCAAUUUGUUAUCCUGGCUGAAGCACCGGCUCACCUCACCAACAGGAUAUUCUGGUUGCGACGUCGGCGGAGCCGGUGCAGGCCGACAGGUGUCCGGAGAAAUAACAAUGGCGGCAGCCGCAGCCGCAGCCGCCGCAUCUACUGCGGCUGAAGAUGGUCUGGGCGUCUCUGAGCUGAGUCCGUCGGAUAUCCGUUCAAUGCAUCCAUCAGCCCAGGAUGAUGUGCUUUUGGAAGCAGUGCGUCUAGUCGGCACCAUGUGCCAAGAUGAGGCUGCUGCUCAGCUAAUCGCCUCAGCAGGCAUCAUACAGGAUCUAAUAAUUCUGCUUAAUGGUAAUUUAUAG